UGUGCGGGGUAGUGCGUCGUGCCGGUCUCGGUGGGAGGCCUCGGCUGGCUGACUGUCCGCCGCGCCGCGGGGCCUCCGGGGGGAGUGCUGCGAUCGGAGUGCGGAGAUAUCGUCCACUGUUCCUUCCUUUUCGUUAUCGGUGGGUGAUCACUGAUCAACGACUGCGACUUAAAAUCAACUUCGGUGUCAUCUCCGGUUUACUUCUGCCACUGAAGGAAUACGACAAGCACAGCGCUCCCAACUCUUUUCAGAUUUAUAUGAGAAGCACUUGAAACCAUGAUGGCCACCAGAGACCCACUGAGGUUUUGUGUGAAGCUGCUCAACAAAACAGCCCGUCAGAUCAAACGUUCCUCGUCCACGGCUGCUGCGAAAAGAGCGGCCACAGCCACCCAUCUGACGGAUAGCUACGUCCACUGCGCUGGCACCACUCCUCUGGUGCACGACACGCUCGGUGACGUCAUCGACCGGGCGGCUAUCGACUACGGCACCAACGAGGCGCUGGUGUUUGUGCACCAGGACCUGCGGCGAACAUGGCGCGAGGUCAAGCAAGAGGCGGAGCGGCUGGCCCAUGGCUUCAUGGCUCUCGGUCUCGAAUUUGGCGACCGGAUUGGCAUCUGGGGCACCAACGUGUACGAGUGGCAGCUGACGCAGUACGCCGCGGCCAAGGCUGGCCUCGCCCUGGUAAACGUGAACCAAGCUUACCAGACCAACGAGCUCGAAUACUGUCUGAAGAAGGUCGGCGUCAAGACGCUGGUGGCCACCGACGGCUACAAGACGUCUGACUACUACGACAUGCUGACGCGGCUGCUGCCCGAGCUGACGUCAGAGGGGGAGUCGAACGUGCCGCUAACGCUGCGGUCCGAGCGGUUGCCGCAGCUGCGCAGCGUCGUCAUGAUCAGCCAGCAGCGCAGACGGGGCGUGCUGCGCUUCGACGACCUGCUCGACUCCGGCAUGGAGUCCCUGUCGGGGGAGCUACAGCGGCGCCAGGCGCAGGUCAACUGCGACGACCACUGCAGCAUUCAGUUCACAUCCGGCACCACCGGCCUGCCGAAGGGCGCCACCCUAUCGCACCACAACGUGGUCAACAACACGCAGCAGGUGGCGGCGCGGCUGGGCUGCGACGUCGGCGGCGCGCGCAUCUGCAUGUCCGUGCCGCUCUACCACUGUUUCGGCUGCGUCAUCGGCUCGGUGCUGGCGCCCCUGCACGGAAACGCCAUGGUCUUCCCGUCGCAGACCUUCGACGCCGAGGCCUCGCUCAAGGCCACCGAAGACGAAAGAUGUACGCACCUGUACGGCACCCCCACCAUGUUCGUCGACAUGGUCAACAUCGCCAAGCAGAAGCGGCACGACCUCAGCUCGGUACACUCGGGCGUCGUCGCCGGAGCGCCGGUGCCCUUCCACCUGAUGCAGGCCAUGAUCAACGACCUCAACAUGCGGGACGCGGUGGUGGGGUACGGUCUGACGGAGUGCAGCCCCCUGCUGACGCUGGGGUUUCCAUCGGACGACCUGGAGCACCGCUGCGGCACCGUCGGCUACCCGCUGGCGCACACCGAGCUGAAGGUGGUGGAUGGACAGGGUCGAACGGCGCCCGUCGGCCAGCCGGGGGUGCUCUGCGCGCGCGGCUACUGCAACUUCCUCGGCUACUGGGACGACGCCGAGAAGACGGCGGAGACGCUGACUCCGCAGCGAUGGCUCAUCACCGGUGACGUGGCGGUAAUGAACGAGGACGGCUACGUGAAGAUCGUCGGCCGUGCCAAGGACAUGGUGAUCCGCGGCGGGGAGAACAUCUACCCGACCGAGGUGGAGGACUUCCUGAUGACGCACCCGGACGUGCUGGAGGCCUCGGCGUUCGGAGUGCCCGAUGAUCGGAUGGGCGAGGAGCUGGCCGUGUGGAUUCGCCUGCGCCGGCCGGACUCGGUCUCCGAGCACGACAUCAGGAGCUACUGCAAGGGACGGAUUGCCCACUACAAGGUACCGCGCUACAUAGAGUUCCGCGACGACUUCCCGAAGACCGUCACCGGCAAGAUCCAGAAGUUCGUCAUGCGCGACAUCAUGACACGCGAGCUGGGCCUGUGUCAGUAGACUCCCUGUCGCUGCAGUCGGGUGGUGGACGGUGGACGGUGAGCAGCGGGCGGUGGACGGUGGGCGGAGGGGGAACCGGCGGCAGUCGCCGACGUUACUAGGUCGAGGUGUGACAGCGCUAAGCCUCUGAGUCCAUUGUUUGUGGCCCGGUGAGCCGGUGGCUUACCGACCGGCCGCCCCGGCUCGGAUACAGGCUAGUCGGAGCCAGCCAGGGCUAGGUAGCCGUGGCUGGGCGGGAUGACUGCGAAUGGGCGCCGCAUACGGUGUUGCUACAGUAAGGCGGUCAAUGAGACAGGACACGGUCAGAACUCUUGUUAUAGGAUGGUGAAAAUUGGACGGUGGCUUUGCUACACAUGCGUGUGAAAGAGAGUAUAUACUAUAAACGGAUAGAUUAUGGGUGGCAUUCCGUUUCAUUUAUCAUGUUCACAGGGAAACAGCGUGUAUCGUGCAUGAGCGUUAAGUAAUGCAGUGGUGUGGGCAUGUGUGAGGUUGUUUCUUCCUACCUCGGCAUUCAUAAGGCUCUACCCAAUCACAGCUUACGAUUGAUGUUUCUUGAGAAGUUGUGUUUCUGGUAUCGAUUGUAUGACCGGAUGGUUCUUCUGUGUAAAAACCUGCAGAGUAACUAUAAACUAGAGUAACCUGCAGAGUAACUAUAGUUCCGCCUUGAUAAUGGUUUUACUGAUAAAUUAUUUGCACCAAUAUGCGAUCUUUAUCAUUGCGCUUUGUACUCGUAAGCUACUUUGGUGUGACUGAAUACAACUGAUGCUUGUUUUGUUGUUGAUGCUGGUGACUGUUGUUGACACUGGUCCUUGCUGUCGCUGGUCUCCGUUGUCACUGAUUCCUACUGUCACUAAUCUCUCCUGGCACUGCAGUCUCUGCUCUGAUCCGUACUGUCACUGCUCCAUGCUAUCACUGGCCUCUAUCGUCACUGGUCCCUGUGGUCACUGCUCCCUACUGUCGUCACUGGUCUGUGCUGUCGUUGCUGAUCCUAGCUAUCGUUGCUGAUCCCCGCUGUCGUCACUGGUCUCUGUCGCCACUGAUCCCUGCUGUCGUCACUGGUCUGUGCUGUCGCCAUUAUUCUCUGUCGUCACCGUUCUCUGCAGUCACGGGCACCCGUCGCCACCUCUGCCAUGGGUGGCGGCGGAGCGGUAAUUUGGCCAGUUGCCCGGCUCGUUACCGCCUGUUUAUUGAUUCGCCACUCGCCAACAUCGCGCUGAGCUGACCUUCCUUCGGCCAUUGUUGAUCCGUGAAUGGAAAAUAUUGUUCGGGACCAUGCGAUGUUUGGCUGUGCAAGAUAAAAGCAAGGGUCUUGCGGCGUUUUAUAUCUAAAUCCUAGUCGUAUUCGAGUGUCAGUGCUACCCGUUUCCUUUCGGCAUCGAUGUAACUUGUGCCUAAGUGUCUUCCAUCAUUAGUAUCAUCCGCAGUGCUUGCAAUGGUAACUGAUCACUACAAGGCACUGAAUUCAGCGUGAUUGGUAAUCAUGUGGUAUCGGACAUCCUUUGAGCGACUUUAUUGACUUGACCUUAAUUAACUGCGCCAGCGAUAUAUUGUGGGUGAUCGGAACUGGUAGUCAAUUUUCGCACUCAUUGUGUGAUGUAAUUAAUUUUGUGCUGUUUUGUAUGGGCAAAGCUAACAGUCAAUCUUCCUCAGCGAACUGUGGCUGCCUGUCAGAUGUCGGAACUUCUUGUUUAUAAUAAAUUCCCUCAAUUAUUAG